AUGAUCUAUAUGCAGGUAAACAAAUUGGCUCUCCCACGAAGUGAUUGUUCACUUUCCCGCCCGACCUCCCUGCGCGCCGUGAACAAAUUGGCUUCGUCUUUCCAGCCCCGACCUCCCGCUUCCGCCCGCCGUGAAAUUCCAACUCCCCUCUCCGUCUUUCUAGCCCCACCCCUGCCUCCGUGCGCCGUGAACCUAUUCGGUUCCAGCCUUCAAUUUCGUCCGUCUGCCGUGAAGUUCCCGCUUCCGUCCGUCGUGAAUUUCCAGCCGCCGCCCGUCUUUCCCCGCCUCCGCACGCCGUGUACACGUUCGGUUCCAGCCCUCGCUUCCAUCGGUCGUGAAGUUCUAGCCCCCAAUUCCGUCCGCCGUGAAGUUCUAACCCUUGUUUCCUUCUGUCGUGAAUUUUUAGUCCCUGCCUCCGUUGAACACAUUUUGCCUCCGCCACCGGCACUGCCGACACACCAAACAUCCUUCCUCAGAUCAAUGGACCCGAUGCUUAGAUCUCAAGAAGAUGAUGCUAUACAAAGGAUUGUGUUGGAAGCUCCAUGGUUCAAGUCUUGUAGGAGGCUCUGCGCUUAUAUAAGUUGUGGGGAUUUGAGAGAAGUUGAUACAGCUAAAGUUCUUUCAGAAAUUUUGAGGAACACGGAUCAAGAUGAUCGUUCACAGGUGAGAAAGAAGCUUUAUGUUCCUAGAGUGGAAGACAAGAAUAGUUUCAUGCGAAUGCUAAAUAUCUCUUGUAUGGAUGAUUUGAUUGCAAACUCCAUGGACAUACUGGAACCUGCUUCUUGUGAUGCUGAGGGAAACGAACGUGAAGAU